CCCCCCCCCCCCUCCCCCCACCUCUUUGUUCUUAUCACGAUCAUUUCCUCCUCCUACUAGAGUGGUGUCAUGAAGGGCAUGGGAAUGGAGUCCGACGCCGCUAGCGUCAAUUACGAGCUCCAACGUCUCCGCAGGAGUGUGCGCACGGCCAAGCUCCUAACGCUGCUUCUCGCGUUCAUUGUGUUGGCCCUCUUUAUCGCCAUCGCUGCCGUCGGGGUCAGUCAGGCUAAAAAAAUCAGUAACUUGAAUAGUCUCGCCCAUGCUCAGUCCGUCAUCCUUGGCUCCGGUCAGUCCAGUCUUCGUAACAAGGCUGAUGUCACUUACGGUGGAAGCUUGUUCCGCGGCAGUGGAUUCUGGGCCACCAAGCUUCCUCUUCCUGGGCCGUUGGCGGAUCAUUCUUCGGUGGGUGUAAACGAAUCGGUUUACAUCUUGGGUGGACAAGAUAAAAAUGGUACCGUGCUGGAUCAAGUGCUCAAGUACGAUCCUGUGUUGCACACUUACACCCAGAUGGCUAAGAUGCCUGGCCCCCGAUAUCGCAUGGGAGUUACUCUUCUUGAUAACGGCAAGCAAGAUACCAUAUAUGUGGUAGGAGGAAGAUUAAAUGAGAAUGUUACAGUGAGGGACUUGUACGUUUACAACAUCCCCACGAAUACAUGGACUGUCGCUCCGGCCGCUCCAAUCAAUGCGAGUGACAACUGUGCUGGAAGUGUUGGCGGCAAGGUUUAUCUAAUUGGUGGCUACGACGUCGAUUACAAGAUUCCUCCUGCAAACUACGAGUAUGAUCCUGCGAAAAAUACGUGGACCCAAAAGCCUGAUAUGCCAACCCCGAGGGGUGACCUCAUGUGUGUCAACUUCAUGGGUGAAGUAUACGCUUUGGGAGGAUAUUAUGAUCCUAACUUUGCUGCCAACGCAUUCUCAGACAAAGUGGAAUCGUUCAAUCCGGCUACGAAUAAGUGGACCAUAAGGCCCCACAUGUUGACCCCCCGAGGAGAUGCGGGUGCAACAGUCCUUCCUGGAAAUAGGAUCAUGGUUAUUGGCGGAGAAGGGCACUACAGGAACAAUGAACAGUACAAGUAUCCGAAGCAUGUUAAUGAGGUUUACUACGCGGACGACGGAAUAUGGGUGCAAAAAGCUUUCAUCCCAACAGCCCGUUUUCGCACUACGGCAGCAUCUUCGGGUGGACUGGCUUAUGUUUUUGGGGGAUCGGACCUGUGUAUCGACAUGAAAACGUGUCCAUCACUGAACACAAAUGAGGUGUUUCUGGAUGUGGACCAUCCUCACGUGUACGUGUACCUUAAAAAUCAAGCGUAUAACGAUUCUCUGCCACAAACGAUUUACCCUCUCUAGGUUGGCCCCCUGCUACGAUGUCGAUAUUGUAUCGUACUUGUCACGUGUAGUUUAGCUGGUCAUGCGUUUCUUGUGACCCUUGACUCCGGCUUGAACAUACUAUUUCUCGGUUCCAAGUGCCUCUUAUUACGUGCGAGAGAACUCGAUGGAAGGGCAGGUGGAUUUUCUUCGAAGGAUGUGAAUUUGAAGAUUUCGGAGUCGUUAGAGUGAUUUCAUCUAUCAAAACAAUAAGCAUUACAGUCACUUGUACGGGUUUACGAUUGUGGUGUCCUAGUUACCCUAAAACGUUAACCGGUGUCUUGCAUUUGGGAGGGGAAGCUCAAGGCCGGAGCUGGGGUUUUCUCUGAACGAUGUUGAUUCAGAGCUUUCGGGGGAACUAGGACCUUUGCAAUAGUAGUGGCACUGCCACUUGUAGUUUUUGUGCAUUGACAGUAAAGAUUCACACGACUUUUUUUUCUUCUAAAAGGGUGCUUUUCAUCUA